AUGAGGUAACUUAAUUAAAUAUAAAAUUAAGUUAAGUAAUUGAUGAAAAAGAACAAAAAAUUCUUUCAUUAAAAUAUGACUUAUAAGUAUCACAAAAUAAACUUGAUGAAAUUGAAAAAAUAAAUUAAAAUUUAAUAAUUAAGCUAAAUGAAAAAUAACAACUACUUUAAUCCCAAUCAGAAUAAAUUUCAUAAUCUUAAAUAUCAUCAGAAACUCUAAUUUCUUAAAAUGUUGAAAAAAAUCAUCAUUAACAACAGAUCUAAAUAUUGUAAAAGAAAUAUGAUGAUGUUCUAAAAGAAAACGAAAUUUUGACAAAUAAUUCUAGUUUAAUUGAAGAAUAUAAAAACAAAAUAGCAUUAUUAUCUUUAGAAGUUUCUCGAUAUCAUAAUUCCAAAAUAGGAUAACCUUCUUAAAAUUUUAGAUAAAAUACUCGAGUUGAAAAUCAUAUUAUCAAUAAUACGAAAAGCUUGAGUCAAGGAAAAGAAAGUAUUAUUAGAUUCCAACAAGGUGUUGAUAAUAACUAUAAAGAUCAUGAUUUGUAUUGUUUAUUAGUACUAUCGUUUGCAGAAAUCGAAUCUCUUAGAACAAAAGAUGAUGAAAAAAAAAACGAAGAUAAAUCAAAAGUUUAAAGAAUUAUAGAUUAUUAUCGCCAAAAAGCUUAAUGA